UCAUGGCUGGGAUUUUAGUAGGGAUGAUAAAGGAGGAAGAGCUCUGUUGUUUAUUCAUUCACGUCGUCUCUUUUCCCCUCCUUCCCUCGCUUUCCUCCCCUCCUCUCCUCUCCCACCCUCCUGCCUUUCACACAACGGCCGCCGUCCGUCGUUCCAAUCGCUUCUUCCUCCUUCCGCUCCAAACAUCCACCAGUCUCGUCGCCACCAUAAACCCGUUUUGGAACCAGGGAUGAGGUCCUUAAAGCACCUGAAGCCUCACAGCAGGAGGAGUGUGGAGGAGGCGAGCCGGCGCCUGGGUAGAUGUGAGCCCAAGGUAAUGGCCAGGCUGGUGGACACAGGCACACAAACAGAUCCAGUGGUUGUGCUGUCCUUGGCCCAGGCCGCCGUGCUAGGUCUCAUCUCGCAGAAUGAAGUCUUUGGCGCAACCAUCGCACCCAACGGCUUCUACACCGGUGAGCCCAAAGAGUCACCCGCGCAACCAGUAGACGGAGUGGACUACGAGUACGCAGACCAACUUAUCGGCGCAAACGGAGAUUACCUUGGGGAUAAUUUAGCGGAGGACGGACAGAUGCAACCGAGCUGCAGUCAGAGAAGGUGGCAGCAGGGGCCACCUCAACACCCUGAUGUUAAAAUGGUGGUACCCGAUCGCCAUCCCCUCCAAGGCGGUGACGGGACAGUGUCCCACAUCAAAGGGGAAGUGGUGAACUCUGUCAUGACCUCAUGUGUUCACAUGCUAAACAAUAUGGCUCCCAGGGGUGGGUUGGUUCAAGUGGACCCGGCCACCCUGAGAGGAACCAACAAGAACUGUUCGGAGUGUGAGCGGGAGACCUCCAACCAGCAGCAACCCAGCGCCCACGUCCACCCUCCUCCUCCCACCCAGGUGGCACACCGAGGUGUGGAGCACAGAGGUCUGCAAGGUCAGCGUCCCAUGGGGGGCCACAGUCGAGCCGUUAGCGAGGCUGAUGAGGAGGUAGAUCACCAGGGCAACAACGUUAUGAAGUCCAACCAGCAAGAUGAAGCCAUCAGCAGCUACUUCCAGACCAGCGAAGUCGGGAGCUACGACUCGGGGGAAAUGUCCAUGGGGGGCGAGUACGAAGAAGGCAGCCAGAACAUGAUGUGGACGGACGGUAACGGCAGCGGAGGUGGGCAACACCAGCAGCCUCAGCCUCCGCAACCCCCCCGGCGACACGGCGGACGCAGGGUGGACCGCCUGGACAUCAACAUCCAGAUCGACGAGUCAUACUGCGUUGACGUGGGCGACGGUUUGAAGCGCUGGAAGUGCCGCAUGUGCGACAAGUCGUACACGUCUAAAUACAAUCUGGUCACGCACAUCCUGGGCCACAAUGGCAUCAAGCCUCAUGCCUGCCCCCACUGCGGCAAGCUCUUCAAGCAGCCCAGCCACCUCCAGACCCACUUGCUGACCCACCAGGGCACACGGCCGCACAAGUGCACCGUUUGCAAGAAGGGCUUCACGCAGACCAGCCACCUGAAGCGCCACAUGCUGCAGCACACCGACGUCAAGCCGUACAGCUGCCGCUUUUGCCGCCGCGGUUUUGCCUACCCCAGUGAGCUGCGAGCGCACGAGGUCAAGCACGAGCGCGGCCGCUGCCACGUGUGCUCGCAGUGCGGCCUGGAGUUCCCCACUUACGCCCACCUCAAGCGCCACCAGACUAGCCACCAGGGGCCCCACACCUUCCAGUGCACCGAGUGCAACAAGUCUUUUGCCUACCGCAGUCAGCUCCAGAACCACCUGCUGAAGCACCAGAGUCCCAGACCUUACACCUGCUCCCAAUGCGGCUUGGAGUUUGUGCAGCUGCACCACCUUCGUCAGCACUCGCUAACACAUAAGGGCAUGAAAGGGCACAAGUGUGAGGUGUGCUCCCGCGAGUUCACACUGUCUGCCAAUCUCAAGCGACACAUGCUUAUCCACAACAGCGUGCGGCCCUUCCAGUGUCACGUGUGCUUCAAGAGCUUCAUCCAGAAGCAGACGCUCAAAACGCACAUGAUCGUACACCUGCCCGUCAAGCCCUUUAAAUGCAAGGUGUGUGGCAAGUCAUUCAACAGAAUGUACAACCUGCUGGGCCACAUGCAUCUGCACGCUGGCAGUAAACCCUUCAAGUGUCCCUACUGCACCAGCAAGUUCAAUCUGAAGGGCAACCUAAGUAGGCACAUGAAGGUCAAGCAUGGCAUGGAUGUGUCACCUGAAGGACAAGUGCUUCCUGAAAUGGAGAGCCAGGCAGAAUACGAAGGCCAGAACUUCAACUUCACGUCGGCGGACAACAUGGACAAUAGCGGUUCGCAGAACCUCACCAAGCUGACCACAGCCAACAUGGACGACAUGGAGGAGUACUACAACUUUGGAAGUAUUUCUUGGCACUUGGAACUGAAAGGACCCAAUUGGAUAUAUUCGCCGUGCUCCGAAGGUUCCUCGACCUCAUCUUCUUCUGCCAGGCCCAGGUACCAAAAUAAAAGCCGCAGUGGUCUUCCCUAUUUAAUUAGUCCCUGCAGUCAAAAUCUGGAAACGGGGCUCUUUUUUCUUGAAAGCACUUACCCACCCACCCCUGCUUUUUUUUUUUUUUUUUUUUUUUUUUUUUUUUUUUUUGGGGGGGGGGGGGGUGUUCACCUGUUACAUCUACCCCUCUUAGAUCCCCCCACCCCCCAACUCUUACUUUUGAGUGGUCCGGGAAUCUUUGUGGUGUAUCUUUCAGCACCCCUCACCUUUCUCCACCACUCAGAUUUUCACCCCCAAAAUGUUUCUAUGCGGCUUGGAUUAACAUGAAUAAUUACUUUUUUUUUUUUCUUUUUUUUUUUUAAAUGCGCAAACAUGAUGCGAAGACCUUGUUGAAAGUUUUAUUUUAUUCUAUUUUUUCCUGUUUGAACAAGGGUGCGAUUCAGUGGGCUUGUGAAAAGGAGAUUGUAAAAAGCCCCGGAAAUAUGAUUUAUUUUACUGUAAAUUUUGCUCAACUGCCGUUUGGAGCCAUUCUGGGGGGGGGGGGGGUUCAGAUACCUGUUUUUACUUUACUUUCUGUUCAAUUCAAGAAGACACAUUUGAUUGAAAAACUCCUAAAGUGUAGAUUGUGUACAUGUUUGGGGAAAAAAAAAUGUUACAAGUGGACUGAGGAAGGUCCUGCUUAUAUUGCAAAUUCUGUCGUGGGGAGGUGGGCUCCCCCUGUCCUGCCAUGCAGGACAGUCAGUCUUGAUAUGCGUACUCAACCACGGCAACGGUCGACUAGUUCAGUGAUUCCCAACCUUUACUGAGCCAUGACACCCAUUUUAUGUGAGGAAAAUAUGACGAUCUUGUCUCAGUUUACUUAUGUACUUUGUGAAAUCUGGGCCUGUUCGGGUAGGGGGGGGAAAGCUGAUGGUGUUAAAUCGCAGGAAGUUGUGACUUAUCCUGUUGUACAAUAUGGUCAAAAUAUUUUGCCUAAAAAUUCUGCACACAGUGCAGGUGUGCCUUUUGCCAUCUAAUGGAAGAGCUUUGAAUUUUGAAAUUUUCCGCCUGAUAUUUAUGUUAGCCGCAUAGAAAAAUGAACAAAGAUCUAUUUGUAAAUUGCAAUCAUUUUCAGACACUUAAAGUGAACUUAAAUUUCUUCAAAACUUCUGAUCGGUCAUGACACACGAAGGUGCCACGCCACUGCGGUUGGGACUCACUGGAUUAGUUGAGGAACUAAUAUGUCAUGGAAAGUGACCAUGGAUUAUUUAAUAAUAAUAAAAAAAUCUCUAGUUUAAA